UUGACAUCUAAAUUGACAAGUAAACGAAAACAUCUGUACUAUAAAUUCAGUAAUUUACUCCUAUUAUUAACAUAAAAAUAUUCACUCCCAUGACUACACCAUCGAUGAGAAAAGUUCGGUUAAAGUUUAGGGGUUGUACUUUGUUACAUUAUUUACUUUUUGUGAAGUUAGGUUAUGUUUUGUUAUAAGUCAAUAUAGCUUCGAGAUGACAUGAGUUUUCGAGUGAAUGCCUUGAAAAAGUAGGCCUUAUAAGGGAGUUAGUAUAACGCAGUUUACUUCAGUUUUCCGUGAUGAGUGAACGUGAGAGUUCAAGUAGUUCGGGGUCUGCGGACCCUAAGAAAGAUGAAUCGAAAAGUUCAUCUCAGCCUGUGCCUACUGGACCAAGUGCUCAUAGCUACUAUGCCAAUGAGCCCAUCCAGUUCCGUGUGCGAGGCUCCACCAUCACCGGAGCGUCUCCACCGAGCUUUGUGACGCUGGACGACAUCAUGAAAGCCGCACAUGGCAUGCAGAAUAUGGCACUGGCCCAUGAGAUUGCUGUUGAUAAUGACUUUAAGCUGGAGCCUUUUGAACCACCAGAUAACAGCUAUCAAAAACUGGUGAAGGAAACAAUGCACAGAGCAUACUUCGACAUUCUGAGAGAGCAACUCAACUCUGACCCUCCUUGUUACAAGCAGGCUCUAGUGUUACUUGAAGAUGUGAAACAAGGUCUAUUCUCCAUUCUGCUCCCCCGCCACACUCGCAUCCGCGAAAUGAUCGAAGAAGUCAUAGACUCAGAUUUCAUUAAACAACAAGUAGAGAACAACAGUUUAGACUUCGACAAGUACGCCAAGUUCGUCAUAGAUCUUAUGGCCAAGCUAGCCGCCCCGGCCAGGGAUGAGAUGAUACAGAACAUCACCACGCUCACUGACACUGUGGAGAUUUUCAAAGCGAUCCUAGAGACCCUAGAAGUACUGAAACUGGAUUUAGCGAACACAUUGAUCGCAAUGAUACGACCGCACGUGCAGAAGGAGAGCGUGCACUACGAGAAACUGAAGUUUGAAGAGAUGCUUAAGGUUACUGAAGACGGUCUUCAGCACACUCGGGCAUGGCUAUCACGUCACAUAGACAAGACCGACCUAAGCUUGCCUGUCACAGACGCUAAUAUUAUUAGGAAUGUGACGGCCCAGACUUUAGCAAAGGCGUACCUAGAGUUGUUAGAGUGGGAUAAGGGAUCUGACACAUAUCCAGAGACGGUAACCCUAGACGCUCCUCGCUUCGCAGAACUCGGUACACAAGUGUACAGAUUAAUUUGCGUGGCGUCGCUCAUACUGUCCAGCCCUACGUGUGGAGAUGCGAGCGCAGCUGCGCGACACAAGCUUAACCUUAAGGAGAAGAUCGUGAUUAUCCUAGGAGACACUGCGACUGAUACGCAACUGAAAGCAGUGCUGCCAUCUGUCGCCGAAGAAGUUAUAGUGGUCACCGAUCAACUACUGGACUCCCUUGACCAGCAACCGUUGACAGCAGACACUAAGGAACUUAUCCGGACCCAGAUUAUCUCCCUGAGGGACCCCGAGCAUAGAGUCAGGCAGAUUGUUCGUCAAAGGGUCCUAGAAUUCCUGAAAAUGAUCCUAGUGUGCGCGGGUGGCUCUCGCCAGAUACCCGUCGGUCUCUCCGCCUUAGCUCCCGAACUCACCAACAUUUCGGGCACUCUCCUCCGCUACGUGAUGCACAACAAAGCUGUAUUCACGAGUUACUAUAUCGACAUUGUUACUGAAGAGCUCAGUAAGGGCUAGGUUGAAGAUAUCUACUACUUGAUUCUGUUUAUUACUUUGGAAUCUACGUAACGUUAUAAAUAAAUAAAUAUAUUCUUCCCUUUUUAUGUCGACAUUAUGGAAGAGUAGAAAAGAGACGACACUGAACUAUAGAUUAAGUACUACGAGCGUACAGUCGAAAUCAGAAAUAAAUAUACAUUUCCUCGCCAUAAUCCAUUGCAUUGACAAAAUGUAUACAUAUUUAUGAACUCGACUGUACAAGGAUGAAUCAACUUGUCACGUUCUCCUAGGCCACUCUUUAAAGUCUAAUUUUAAGGCAUUUAUACGCACUAAAACACGCUUUUUGUGGUAGUUAUAAACCCUUUCCAUAAAGGGUCCUAAACCGUGUCAGUAGUACGUGGUAUACAGUUUCUUCUAACUGUGCUAAUAUUGUCCCCUAGCUGACGGGACAGAAUAACCGCUUAGGGCUUGUGAACAUAUCACGCGAGGUUCGAUAGGGAAAAAAAUCACGUUUUUCGUGUACGUGUAUUUUUCUACGAAAUUUUCGACUGAAAAUUUUUCAAAAAAAUACACGAGGUUUUAUGUGGUUUAGCCAAGAACCUCACCAAAUAUCACCGAGGGGGAGGGGUGGUUAAAAAGAGGGGUGGUUGGUAGUAGCAGAUGAAACCUCGCGUGAUUUGUAUUUGUGCACAAGCUGUGAAAUAUCAAGUUUAAGUUUCUGAUUUAGGUCACAAGGUGGCAGACGCUCUAACGCGUCCCUAUGUAACGAUGUUACGAGACAUUCCUCUGUGUUUUAACCUCGUAAGGCCCACCAUACAAUUCCCUAUUUUUAAUUUGAACCUUGUUGUAUAGAAGAUUAGGGUGACUUUCGUUUGUUUUAGAAAACAAUGACACAAAAGAAAUGCUACUUAAUUCGGUUAGUGUAAGGUUCAAAUUAGAUUGAAACAGAGUUUACAUUGUAAUGCACAUUGGGCCUUACGAGGAUAAGUCGAUUCAGGAAAACAUUGCGCGGAUUUUAAAUGAGAAUUUUAACAGUUCUAUAAAAAUUUCGCGCCAGUUCUUAUGAAUUGACUAUACGUCUUGCAUGAAUUAUGUAAUUGAAUAUUGACGACACGAUAAAAUAUGAAUGAAAUGAAAUAAUAUGAAUUUUGUGUUAUAUACAUUUUUACUGCUAAUAUAAGAUAAUUUUUUUUUUACUUAGUACUAACCCAGGUAGCAAAAUCAC